UCAAUGGAGGGAGUCAAGCAUCGAAUCAUGGAAAUGGAAUUCAGGAAGCGAACCCCGGAAAGAGAAAAAUGCCUGCUUUUUCACCACCAUGCGUCGGGGAACAACGAUGCCCACAUUGAGCGGAGACGAGAGGCGCGUGUGGAGCAGCGUCGUCGCGGCCUGCAGGCGCCCCGUAACGCUGCGCCCGCAUAAGUAGAGCAGGGGGAGGAGCCGAGCCGUGUGAGCCAGUGGCGGCGACGGCGAGUCCGCGAGCGGAGCAGACCAGACCAAGAAAGCAGCAGGGGAGGGAGCACGUGGCCGGGCGGCGCGAGGCAUGUCGUGGCAGACGUACGUGGACGAGCACCUGCUCUGCGACAUCGGCGGCCAGCGCCUCACCGCCGCCGCCAUCCUCGGCCACGACGGCGCCGUAUGGGCGCAGUCCGACGCCUUCCCGCAGGUAAAACCUGAAGAAAUCACUGCAAUAAUGAAUGACUUCAAUGAACCAGGCUCUCUGGCACCAACUGGAUUAUACCUUGGGGGCGCAAAAUACAUGGUUAUCCAAGGCGAACCUGGAGCUGUCAUUCGAGGGAAGAAGGGACCAGGUGGGGUUACUAUCAAGAAAACCAGUCUAUCCAUCAUCAUCGGAAUCUAUGAGGAACCAAUGGCUCCUGGCCAGUGCAACAUGGUUGUGGAGAGGCUUGGUGAUUACCUUGUUGAACAGGGCUUCUGAACUCAAAAUCUGUAAUUUGUGGCAACUGGGUUUGUGUUUGCUGAAAUCCGCCAUCUAUCCCGUGAAUAAUUAGCACAUAUUUGGAUGAAUACUGAACAAACUGGUUCCUCACUGUGUUGGAAUUGCUUCCUGCGUUUCAUGGGGCUUAUAUGUAAUAUUUAAACACAGUGGUUGUGUAUUUUUUGCUGAGCACCCAGUUCUUCCAUUUUCAGCUUCAAUCA